UAUAUAUAUAGGAAAGGGAUCAAAAAAGAAAGCUAAAUGUAGGGAGAAUAAGGAAUCAAAUCCAGCCCUUCAUAAAUUUUAAUCAUACGGCUGAUUUUAAUUCCUACGGCUGAUUAUAUAUUCAAGCUAUAAAUCACUAAAAGGUUAGUUUUGUCAUUAUCUAAUUAACCCUACCGUAAAUAUCUAGCAAUAAUAUGGCAAAUCGUUUCUUUCCUUAAACUUAUCAAAACCUAAUACUUUCUGGUAUAGCUGUAGCAUUUUUUGUUGCAGAAAGAUGUCUAUCAUCGUCGCCUCCAUCAUCUGAAGUCUCCAUCAUUCCGGCGAACUAUAAAAGGGGUGUUUGGGUUGUGUAGUUUCCAUCAUUCCGGCGAACUUAGCAAAACCUAAUACUGUCCGCCUCCAUCAUCCAUCUGAAGUCUUCAUCCGACGUACCUGCGAAUGGAGUUUGGGUCGUGUAGUACAGGUGAAUCAACGACAAUUGAUGUAGAAGGUUGUGCCGAUCUUUUCAUCCCUGACUGUGAUGCUACGGAAAAACCAUUUGAGGGGCAGGUGUUCUGUAAUCUUCAACAAGCUGAGAAGUUCUAUGAGGAUUACGCAAAAGUUUGUGGUUUUAUUUCCCGUAAAGCAACCAUUAACAGAGAUGACGAUGGCUCCAUAAGUACUCGAUUUAUGCUUUGUAACAGAGAAGGUGUUCCCAACAAUGCAAAUUCGUUAAUUUUUGUCGAGGGUAACAGAGAUGAUAGGAAACGUAAGAGAACAUCAUUCAAGGUUGGUUGCAAGGCUCGUAUCAUAUUUAAGGCCAUGUCUUAUGGUCGUUUUAGGGUUGGAACCUUUAGUGAAGGUCAUAACCAUAAGAUGGUUUCUGAAACCAGUCGUCAUUUUAUGUCGAGCAAUAGGCAAGUUGAUGAAGUGCACCAGUUUCUUAUUCAAGCGGGUAUUAGAGCCAACAUUGGACCAACUAAAACAUUUCGCAUUUUUAAAGAGAUUGUUGGUGGUUAUGACAAGGUUGGUUGUACUAGUAUUGAUUUCAAGAACUAUGGUCGAGACUUGAAGGUCUAUGUCGCUGGUUCGGAUGCCCAUAUGUUGCUUGAAACAUUUAAGGAUAGGAAGGAGCUUUGUGAUGGUUUUCAAUAUUUUUACGACAUUGACGAGGAAAAUCAGCUGCGCCGCCUUAUCUGGACAGAUAAACAAGCUGUGAUUAACUUUAAAAAUUUUGGACAGGCUGUGUCUUUUGAUGCAACAUACAACACCAACAGGUACAAAAUGAUUUUUACUCCAUUUACUGGUAGGGACAACCACGGCAAAUGUGUGUCGUUUGGUGCAGCAAUCAUAUCACAUGAAGACAUGGAUUCAUAUGCGUGGGUUUUGAGCAAGUUUACUGAGUGUGUUGGGAAUGCUCCUCGUGUGUUUAUGACUGAUCAAGAUCUUGGAUUGAAGAAGGCCGUUGCUCUUGUCUGGCCCGAAACACAUCAUAGGUUUUGCAUGUGGCACAUCACUAUGAAGGUCGUAGAGAAAUUGCCCUUUAAUUUGAGGGAUGAUUCUGAUUUCAAGUCGAAGUUGAAUAAGAUAAUAUGGUCGGAUACGAUUGACACUCAUGAGUUUGAGGAAGAAUGGAAUAAUUUGAUAGCUGAAUAUGAGUUGGGUGAUAACAGGUGGUUCUCCUCAAUGUAUGAGGAUCGUGCUUUAUGGAUUCCUGCAUAUUUUCGUGACAUCACUAUGAGCGGGCUGUUUCGCACCACUUCCUUAUCUGAGAGUGAGAAUAGUUAUUUCAAACGCUUCCUUAGUAAGUUUUCUGAUCUUGUUGUGAUGUUUAUGAAUUAUAACAGCGCCUUAGAUUCCCAACGAGAUACAUGUCAGAGGCUAAAUUAUAAGGAUGAGACUGGUGUUCUCCCCAUGCUUACAACGAUGCCAAUUGAGAAACAUGCCUCUAGAUUAUAUACCAUCUCAAUUUUCAAGGAGGUACAGGAGGAGAUUGUAUCUGCGUUUUCAGCAUGCAUGAUGGCAAAGAUGGAGGGUAACACAUUCGUAGUCGAUGACAAUGUUGAUGGCGAAUUCACAGUUGUGCAUGAUACAAUUACCGAUUCUUUGACCUGCAAGUGCAACUUGUUCACCAGGAAGGGACUUUUAUGCAGACACAUGUACUAUGUGUUGCGGUGGUUGAAAGUUGACAAUAUUCCGGACAGAUACAUUUCUAAUCGGUGGUGUAAAGCUUUUAUGUUAUCCACACCGCAAGUGAUGAAUUGUACGCCAAAUUCUUCUUCAACCAAAGUAAUUGGCAAGCAUGAUCUAUUCCAUGUUUUUAGCAGAUAUAUUGGUCAUGUUUCGGGGGAUCAAGAUUUGAUGAAGCAGUUGCUAGGUACAUUAAGUGAAGUUGAUAACAAGUUUGCUAAGCUUCGUAACGAAAAUGCAGAGCGAAAUUCCAAGGAUGCUACAUUUCAAGAGUUUUAUGGGUCUGUACGACCUGAGGUUCCUACAGUGCUUUCUCCUGCUGUUGCUAAAACCAAAGGCAGUGGAGCUGGUGGCCGCAGGAAAUCCGGCAAGGAGAAGGCAAUGAUUUUAGCUCAGAAGCCUCUGCGUAACUGCAAAAGAUGCAAUACCAUGGGACACCAUGACUCUCGAAAUUGUCCUACCAAGGCAGUUGUUAAGCCAUGA